GCGUCGUACAUUACGUUACCAAUUGAUUGAAUUGUGGCGCUGCAGUUGGUUUGGAAAUGUCAGCUGCAGUACAUAUUGGUGAACUUGCAUUUUUAAAGAUGGUUUUACAUGCUGCCAAGCAUCCAGAGAGUUCCGUCAAUGGUAUUCUUUUAAGUGAUCAAAACUGUGAUUCACAAAUAAUCAUUACUGACUAUAUUCCGCUAUUUCACAGUGUCAUAAAUUUGACACCAAUGCUGGAAACAGCUUUGUAUCAUGUAGACUCAUAUUGUGCAGCUAAAGGUCUUCAAAUAUGUGGUUAUUUCCAAGCAAAUGAAUACAUUAAUUGCAAUACCCCAACAAGUAUUGCAUGCAGAAUUGGUGAGAAGUUAGCUGAAAAAUGUGGCAACGUUUGUUUAUUGACUUUUAAAAAUGAUGCUUUGCAUCGGUUAACUGGAAACUACUUUACAGUAUUUUGCAAAUCAGAUUGGAAGUGGAAUGAUACAAAGUAAGUUCUACUUCAGUAAAUAUUCUGUUCAUGGAUUCAGGUACACAUUUAAUCCAAAUGUUAAUAAAAAGUUAAAGGAAAUUCUACAUUUAAAAGUUCACCGUCAAAUUGUUGAUUUUGAUGAUCAUUUGAAUGAUGUUAAUUGUGAUUUUCUUAAUUUACAAUUAUCGAAAUCGUUAUGUGUAUAAAUUGAUUUUUUAAUGUAAAGUUUUUAAUUUUUUUUUUCCAAACAACAAUAAUAUCUAGCUGACAUCUUUUUCUUAAUUGUUUUAGAUAUUUGCUAAAUAAUAUUUCUAUGAAAUAAUAAUGUAUAGCUAGAUAUUACCGUAGAGUUUUUGUUUUAUCCUUAUGCCGGAUUAAUUAUGUAACGUGAUAUGACCACCAAUUAAAGACACUGACUUAUACAAG